UGAAGUGGAGUUUCCUGUAAAGCUUCGACAACCUUGGAGACGCACAUGAGGAUCAUUUAAGUCGUUUAUUCCUCUCAAAAGUGCGAUAUUAAGAUAUUUCAAUGAAGUAAAUCGCUGUAAACUUAACCAUAAGCCAGCUGUGGACAGUAGCCGCUACAACGGGUGAAUCCUUCGGAUCAGCGCAGCCAUGUCGCUACAGAAGAUCACACGACUCCCAGCGCUGCGGCAGCUGAGCUCCAUCCAGCACCAGAACUUCCUCCUCCUCCUCCCUUUAUCCACUCAUCUCUCGGUGCCCAGGAGAUCCAUGAUCCAGGGCGAAUACAGGCGACCCGGCAAGCCCCGAGAGGACAAGUUCCCCUGGCAGAAGAUCAACUUCAGCUUCUCCAAGGGCCUGGAGGGGAUCAAGAAGCAGUUCUUCCUGCUGAAGAGCGAGUUCACCGACCGCUGGGUCGGCCCGGAGGGCAAGCCGCUCCUCGAGCACAUGCUGGAGCAGAACCGGCUGGUGUGGGAGUUCAGGGGCCCGGAGAGCCUGGAGCAGUGGACGCUGUCCUCCGACAAGGAGAUCGGAGGCCACAGCGAGGUUCACCUGAAGCUCAGCAGGAACAGCAACACCUGUUUCGUGUACGGGACUCUGUGUUCCACCCCCCCGAGGGACGGGGAGACGCGCUACAGCGGAUACUGCAGCAUACGCUCCAAGCAGCCUCUGGCAUCGCUGGAUAGAAAGAAGCACCACGACUGGUCCAGUUUCAACACGCUGCACCUGCGGAUCCGCGGAGACGGCCGGCCCUGGAUGAUCAACAUCGGCGCAGAAACCUACUUCUCCCACCAGAGAGACGACAUCUACAACUACUUCCUGUACACCAGAGGAGGCCCCUACUGGCAGGAUGUGAAGAUCCCCUUCUCCAAGUUCUUCCUCACGCAUCGAGGCAGGAUCCAGGACGACCAGCAUCCUCUCUGGCUGGACAAGAUCAACACCAUCGGCUUCACGCUGGGAGACAAAACCGACGGUCCGUUCCAGCUGGAGAUCGAUUACAUCGGCGUCUGCAAAGACUACGCUCACACCGAGGAGUUUGCCUACGAAGUGUACAAGCGGAACCCUGAAGUCUGAGGAGCGCGCUGCUGCAAACACGCCGUUUCUCUACCAUCGCGCUGCUGCAAACACGCCGUUUCUCCACCAUCGCGCUGCUGCAAACACGCCGUUUCUCCACCAUCGCGCUGCUGCAAACACGCCGUUUCUCCACCAGCGCGCUGCUGCAAACACGCCGUUUCUCCACCAUCGCGCUGCUGCAAACACGCCGUUUCUCCACCAUCGCGCUGCUGCAAACGCGCCGUUUC